GACGGAUACUUGGAAACCACCAUACCCUGUGCAACAACGGUUGUGGACAACAUGCUUGGCCCACUCCGAUACCUUCCACCACUCCGCCCACCCACUUGCUUCUGUGCCGCCGCUUGAUGGAAGCCGCAGCCCAGAGCUCAUGCUGAUUUUCCAUUGCCUUUGGCCCCUUGAGCUUUUGGCGCCUUCUCAAAGCUGGAACUGUGUUUUGCAAACACCUAGACAAUUCCCGGCCAGAUUCUUCAGACUUCCGACUGCCUGACAUUUACGACUUGUCCAUCAUCAGCAACGAGAACAACAAUCCCCCGUCUCUUACCACCAAAGAAUCGAAGACUGUGGAGCCGCACCGCCGGAGACACAGAUUAGAGCUAAAUAGGUCCUGGACUUUCCAGAAUUGCGUCCCCCCCUAGCGAACGUCUACAGUGAACGACCACAGGUUCCACUCCUCAACCCCUCUACUCCCUAAGUUCAUUUGAGACCUUUCCACUAUGUCUCUCCCAGUGCGAUUCCUCCCCCAGCCAGGUGCUCCUCCAGACCAACAUCCUCUUCCCCCCCAGACAACGAACUUCACGACACCUAGCUCCCCUCUUGCUUCGCCGAACGGCAACCAUCUUCCAUCACCCACACCACUUGCCUCAAAGGAAUGCUCUCCACUAUCCGACAUGUCGUCUCCAAUUUCAGACGUUCCGCCGUCUCCAAUGUCCACCGUGUCCAGCAAGAAACGUCGCUCUCAAGACGUCGACGCCGACCACGACUUCACGCCAUCUCCGAUCAAGACCAAGCGCACCAAAGUUGCUCCCAAGGCUCGCUUCUCCGCUGCCCCCGCUUCAAAUCGUCCGACACGCAAUCGCAAGGCCCCCGAGCGCUUUGCUGAUAUCAAGGAGCCUACCAAGAAGAUGGCUGAGGGUGUCGCUCCCAAGGGUAGCAAGGCCUUCGAGCCAGUCUAUGCCACUACGAACAGCAAGUCGAGGCUCGCUACCGCCGAUAUCUACCACCUGUUCAUGGAGGCUGCCGCCUGGAACGUCCUCGGUGCCCUGGAUCAAGCCGACCUCAUCUCGAUGUUGCCUAGCACGCUAAGCAACUGCCACCUCCUGAAUCGGAUCGCGGACGGCGCUAGCGGGGUUGAGAAGCCCAAGGAACUCGAGCUUGGAUCCACCGUCUUCCGCAGUGACGUCAAGAAGUGGCAGGAGGACCUUGGGGAGGGAUACCUCACCAAGAGGUGGCAGGAGGCGGCCGAGAAGGCCAUGAAGGCCCGUUUUGAGGGCGCCUUUGAUACCUGGAAGGAGCAGGAGGCGGAAAGGUGGUGGGGCCAGAAAGGGGAGUGAGUAGAGGACAUGAGAGGGGGGAAAGAGAGCGAGAAAGGGGAGUGAGGAGAGGAGGACAUGAGAGAGGUGAAAGAGAGC